AUGAUGGAUUCUUCUGGGUGGAACCCCCAAGACCAGUCCAUGGCGUCGGCCACGGACGACGACUUCCAGCAGUUCCUCGAAAUGCAGGGGAUGUCGACCAUGACUGACACUCUCAACUUCGAUUUCCAGUCCUUCCAGGACCCUUCCACCGCCUCCAUGCUAUCGCAGGCACCCCGCGAUCAGAUGGAUACCUCGAUGGGCGGCACCGAACCUUCGCUGGUUAUCCCAACGACGGCCGGCUUGAGCCAGGAGCACAUUGCCGCCAUCACUAGCGGGGCGAGCCACAACUCGAUCCAAGCCCACAUCUCCCACAUGCCGCCCACCCCCAACGAUGCUAUCACGGAAAUCGAUGCCCAGAUCCAAUAUCUACAGCAGCAGCGACUCCAGCAGCAGCAGAGGCAAGCACGCGAGCAGCACUCGACCUUUUUGGUGGCCGGAAUCAUGUCAUUCCCCGACCCUCAGAGCUUGGAACUCCAGGCGGGAAGUGGUCAGUUCUUCUCGCCCCUCGAGACUCCCAUGUUCGACAACCGGCCCCAUCACCUGAAGGACGCGCAGCAAGAGUGCCUUCUACGGCCCCCGCAAAUGCAGCAGCCUGUUAUGAACACAACCUCGCCAGUCGAGAUGGACCUCGAGACGGCGUUACCCAUGUCUGAAGCCGCCAAGAAGGCCCGGAAGCCCGCCAGCAAGACGAAUCGGAAAGUCAACGUGCGGCAGUCGCCCAUCACAAAACCGCAACGCCGCAAGACCACCAGCUCGGCGAUUGUCAAUCAGGUCCUUAAUGAGGCGGUGGAAAACCGCCAUACUUCCAGUCCCAUCGUCCUCGCCAACCCGCUCGAGGACACGGACGAGAAUAGCUCCGUGUCCCCCGAGGCGCUCUCCGAUAUGCCUCCGCCCCCUACCCCUCCCAAGGUCUCGGCCCAAACGAGGGCUUUGGCGGCCAACAAGAGAACGAAUCUUGCCACACCUCUCCCGCUUGCCGCGAUGCCCUCUCCUGCCACGCCGGCCUCGCUCAUGAAGUUGCCUCCCUCUUCAUCCUCUAAUGCUAACAAGGUCUCGUCGUCGCCCAACAGCCACAGGGGAUACGUCUCGACCGACCCCAUGGAUACCUUUUUCCAACUUCCCGAAGCUGCCUGGGACUCAGUCAGCCAACCAAAGUCCAAUGUUGGCGCCUGGUGCUUCCACGCCCGUGUCCCGGCGGACGCCGCAGCUAGGCCCCCGCGCGAACAAGAAGCGUACGGGCUCUGUGACGGCCUCCCCGCGCUCCUACCGAAAAUAUCACCCAACCUCAAACCCCUCCUACCUGGUGCGUCAGACGAGACGCUAGAGGAUACCGCAUCCCGGCUACUAGCGACGAAAUCAAAUUACCAGAAUAUCCUAGAGGGGAACAAGGUCCCCGGCGUUUCCUACCCUAGUGAACUCUCCACUAAUCUCACGUCAAAACGCACGUCACACAAGAUCGCCGAGCAGGGCAGGAGAAAUAGAAUCAACUCGGCUCUACAGGAGAUCGCCUCUUUGUUGCCGUCUGGGAGUGCGAAGAGCAGCGAUGAGGGCGAUGCGGAGAAGAAGGACGCCAAGGGCGUGACACCCGGCAGUAAGGCCAGCACAGUCGAGCUGGCCAUCGAGUACAUCAAACAUCUCAAGAGGGAAGUCGCCGAGGCUACGAAACGGGCCGAAGACGCGGAGAGAAAGCUCGGUAUUAAACCGUCGCCGGAUGCGGAGUCAUUAAAAGAACCUCCUUCCCCGAAGCAAAUCCAGACCACAAGCGAGACGACAACGGCGACGAGUACUGAGGUGACGGAGACGGAAAAAGCAAAGGCAACAUGA